GUCAUGUUAAAUUCGCAAUUGUUUUUAUCUUCUUUUCGUUGUUUUUAUAAAUUGCGAAAAAUAUCAUAGAGAAAGCAGCGAUACGUUAAAAAUAAGCUUUCUUAAUCUGUUCUCUUCCAAUUCGUGCAAAAUGGGUUUGCAAUUUGGCAAUUUAGUUCGAAUUCGUGGAAUCGUGUACUACGGUUUAUCGCCUUUGGAGCAACGAGCUUGGGCAAAAUCGAUAACGCACGGAAUACCCAAUUUACUGAACAGAGCAAUGCGAGCUCUUCCAACAACGGCUCCAGGUGCUUUAUAUCAAGAUCUAAGUUUUAUAAUGACAGCAGUCAUAUAUCUGUGGUCGAAUGCAGAAUAUGAUCGAUGUAAUCGCAAAGAUCCUAAAUUAUACGAGAACGACAAAUAAUGCAAGCAUUGAUUACGCUAUUUUUAAGUUCGAUAAGCAAUUUUUGCUUUAUGAAUAAAAUUUCCAUUAGAUAUUGUUGUCUGUUUUAAAUGGAGUUUCUAAAGUUUAAUAAAGGAUACAACGGAAAUAAAAUAUCUUUUUACUUAAGGCGCAA